GCAGCCUGGGAGCGGCAGAGGCGAGCGCGAGCCGGCGUUGCAGGGGCCAGGGGUCGCCCGCAGGGGGCGGCCGUCUCUGAGCCGCGCUAAACUGCACGGGCUGCGGCACAUGUGCGCCGGGCGCACGGCGGCGGGGGGCUCUUUCCAGCGGCGGGCGCUGUGGGUGCUGGCCUUCUGCACGUCCCUCGGCUUGCUACUGUCCUGGUCCUCCAACCGCCUGCUCUACUGGCUCAGCUUCCCGUCGCACACGCGAGUGCACCGCGAGUGGAGCCGCCAGCUGCCCUUCCCCGCCGUCACCGUGUGCAACAACAACCCGCUGCGCUUCCCGCGCCUCUCCAAGGGGGACCUCUACUACGCCGGCCACUGGCUCGGGCUACUGCUGCCCAACCGCACCGCGCGCCCGCUGGUUAGCGAGCUGCUGCGAGGCGACGAGCCGCGCCGCCAGUGGUUCCGCAAGCUGGCCGACUUCCGCCUCUUCCUGCCGCCGCGCCACUUCGAGGGCAUCAGCGCCGCCUUCAUGGACCGCCUGGGACACCAGCUGGAGGACAUGCUGCUCUCCUGCAAGUACCGCGGCGAGCUGUGCGGCCCGCACAAUUUCUCCUCCGUGUUUACAAAAUAUGGGAAGUGUUACAUGUUUAACUCAGGCGAGGAUGGCAAACCUCUGCUUACCACGGUCAAGGGGGGGACAGGCAACGGGCUGGAGAUCAUGCUGGACAUUCAGCAAGAUGAGUACCUGCCCAUCUGGGGAGAGACAGAGGAGACGACGUUUGAAGCAGGAGUGAAAGUUCAGAUUCACAGUCAGUCUGAGCCACCUUUCAUCCAAGAACUGGGCUUCGGGGUAGCUCCAGGGUUCCAGACCUUCGUGGCCACACAGGAGCAGAGGCUCACAUACCUGCCCCCGCCGUGGGGCGAAUGCCGAUCCUCAGAGAUGGGACUUGACUUCUUUCCUGUUUACAGUAUCACCGCCUGUAGGAUUGACUGUGAGACCCGCUACAUCGUGGAGAAUUGCAACUGCCGUAUGGUUCACAUGCCAGGGGACGCCCCUUUCUGUACCCCUGAGCAGCACAAGGAGUGUGCAGAGCCUGCCCUAGGUCUGCUAGCUGAAAAGGACAGUAGUUACUGUCUCUGCAGGACCCCCUGCAACCUGACCCGCUACAACAAAGAGCUCUCCAUGGUGAAGAUCCCCAGCAAGACGUCAGCCAAGUACCUCGAGAAGAAAUUUAACAAAUCUGAAAAAUAUAUCUCAGAGAACAUCCUUGUUCUGGAUAUAUUUUUUGAAGCUCUCAAUUAUGAGACAAUUGAACAGAAGAAGGCGUAUGAAGUUGCUGCCUUACUUGGUGAUAUUGGUGGUCAGAUGGGAUUGUUUAUUGGUGCUAGUAUCCUUACAAUACUAGAGCUCUUUGAUUAUAUUUAUGAGCUGAUCAAAGAGAAGCUAUUAGACCUGCUUGGCAAAGAGGAUGAUGAAGGGAGCCACGAUGAGAACGUGAGCACUUGUGACACGAUGCCAAACCACUCUGAAACCAUCAGCCACACUGUGAAUGUGCCCCUGCAGACAACCCUGGGGACCUUGGAAGAGAUUGCCUGCUGACACCCCUCAUACUACCCAGCCCCCCUAAACAGACCUUGAGGCCCAAGACCCAGGACAGGGGACAGCAAGCUCAGGUGGGAUGGCCCCUGACGACAGAAAGAAGCAAGAGCCCCCUAUGCACACAUAGCAAACUAUCUGCCAAAACCUCGCUAGAGCCACGUCUGACAUGAUGUGCCCUCAGGCCCGCCGCAUCCUUCCUAGGAGAGAUAAGUCACACUCUGGAACUGUCCAAGAACCAACCUACCAUCACAUCUCACUGCCAGAUGUAUAAAGCACUUGCAUGCUCAGACUUCUUAUGGCGCCACCUCCACGUCUGUCUCUGUACAUGACAUUCCUCUGCGUGUUUUCCAGCUCUCACUCUGCGUCCUGUGCAAUGGGCAGACCCAACUCCAGCCCAGUUGGAACCAAAACUGCACAAGCAAGAGGGAAACCGCAGAAUUCUCUAAUAUGUUCCGUCCUUGUGUACUUUGUGAUGGUUCUUAACC